GGGAGCGAGUGAGCAAGCGAGCGAGCGAGCGAGCAGGCGAGCGCGCGCGCGAGAAAGAGAGAGAGAGAGAGAGAACGAACGAACGAACCAGAAAGAGAGAGAGAGAGAGAGAGAGAGAGAAAGAGAGAGAAGACGGGUCUGAGAGCGACGAUCGCGAGGAGUAGUAGCAAUAAUUUCUAACUCGAGUCAAGAUGGCGGCGGCGGUGGUGGCGGACACGGUGGCGGUGCUCGCCAGGGGCGACAAGAUCCUCGUCACCGUCGAGUCCGCCCUGCCGGACAUCCUCGUCGUGUCCUUCGUUCAUGGUGCCAAGUGUUUCCAGGGUGCGCUCCUCGACGCCACCAAGAGGGGUCUUCCCUGUGGCGUUCAACCUCCGGAGCCGGUACCGGAUCCCGAUGGCGACAAGUUGGCGACGAUCGCGGCACGGUUCAGUUAUUUCCAAGAUAGGAAAAACACGAGUGGUCCGACUAAGGUCGACUUACGUAGGAGCAUAAAUCCACCAGCUAGAUAUAAAAACGCACGGCCGACGGUCAGGCUUAGGCCGCGUCAAGUUCUCUGUAGCAAGUGUCGUUCGAUUUGUAACGAAAAUAGCGAGAACGUCGACGUAAGUCGAAAACGAAAGCACGAUGAGGAACAGCAACAACAACAACAACAGCAGCAGCAGCAACAGCAGCAACAGCAGCAGCAACAACAACAACAACAACAACAGCAACAGCAGCAACAAACUCAGCAACAGUCGCAUCAUCAACAGCAACAAGCUCAUCAACAGCAAGCAAGUGUACCUACGAGGAGAAGCGAUCGUCAACGUUGUAGUCAGCAACCGCAAAAGAAUCAAAGGACAUUCUUUUCGGAAAAUACGAAUUCGACAAUGACUGCGACGGUGACGGCGACGGCGACGACGGCAACGACGAUGACGACAACGGUGAUGAAACCAGCGACGUCUUCGUCGAGUCCUGACUCUUCGAAGCUUGGCGCAUCUUCUUUGAUACCAAAACUUUCAAGAUUACAACCGAACGAGAUCAGCAACGCUAUGCAUGGACCUGGUAAGGUAGAACUGCCAACGGGAGUACCAUCUACCUAUUGGAGUAGCAGCAGCGAGGCUGAUGAUUCGAGCAGGAACACCCUAACGCGCCCAGAGGAUCGAGUUGAGUCUACGGAUUGCGAUAGUAAUCCUUCGAUGGCUUAUUGCGCAACACCAAGAAGAUUGAGUAGCUCGUCAGUGGAAAGUGCGAAGGUGCCUGAAGAAGAAGAUAAGAAGACCUUGGCUGCGGCUGACUCGACGAUGAGACCGAGGAUCGGUCGAAUUCCAAGGAAAAAAAGAUCAGUUGGUUCUAUGGAGGAUCUUUGGGACGAGUCUGUGUUCGAGGAUCCAACGAGAACUACCAGGACCACGCCUAUUAUCAAGAUCUCUUUCGGUGCUCAAGGAGAGGGUACCGUAUUGAAGAUACCUUCAAAGAUUCAGGACCCAGAAUACGAGCAGGAGACCGAUGAUCCGGACGACGUGCAAGCUGAAACCGAUCGAGAUCCUUUGGAAUUACCGAGGAAUUUCGAUAAUGGUUAUGACUAUUGCGAGGAUGUUGAGGACGAUGGGCAAGAACAGAUAGAUCCGCAGAAGCAGGGUGUAAAGGACGCCAGUGCUAAGGCUGCGAAAAGAGCAUUGAAGAAAGCUAAGAAGGAAGCGAGAAGGAAAAUGUUGGGUGGUGGUGUCUCACCGGCUAGAUCACCUUGUAACGGUUCUCCACGAUAUAACCCAAGCUACGAUCCCUUGCUUUAUCAUCGUCGCAAGCAUAAGGUGAAACAUAAGAAGAAACACAAGGAUGAUCGCAAACACAAGAAUCAACAGCAGCAGCAACAACAACAGCAAGAAUCUUGUGUAGAGUCCGGUACAACGACAACCGAUUGUCAACAAAAUUGGAAUGUUCUACCGGGUGGUGAAACUUAUACGGCUAUAAAGGAACAGUGCCUGAAACAGAAACUCUCAAUCUCUUUGAAGAGGUUAAACACGAACGCUUACGCAAGAUGCGAUUAUCCUGUGAGCAACGCUUCGUCCGGCUGCAAAAGCCCCGGCGCCAGUAGCGACGAGCUCAGCGAACAGGAGGCUGAAGUGGAUGCCGGAGAAACUGCCCCGGAUUUUCCACCCCAAUCGCACCCUCUCGUCAUGCGUUUGGCAGCAACACCAGUGGCUCAUUGUCUCACUGCCAACGGCAGGAGAAUGGACGUUGGGGAUGUUGUAUGGGGAAAGAUCCAUGGUUUCCCUUGGUGGCCGGGAAAGGUUCUCAGUAUUACGGUUUCCUGUAAGGAAGAUGGUACGUCGUCCGGACCACAGGCUCACGUAGCUUGGUACGGUUCCUCGACUAGUUCUCUCAUGUCCUGCGAUCAGCUGAGUCCCUUCCUCGAAACAUUCAAGACACGGUAUAAUAAGAAGAAACGGGGACCGUACAAGGAAGCUAUAAGACAGGCGCAAAACGAAGCACGCAGUCAGAUCACUCCAAAUUCAACGAGCAGCGUUCUCAAUGUUUGCGGUUCUCCUCGCGAGGUCAACGUUCUCUCCUAAAACAAAAAGAAAAAGCAAACAAAUAAAAUGAAGGAAGGUUUGCUAACUCUUUACGAAAAAAGAAAACCUCGUUCCUCUUUCUAAUCUGUUAUCGGUAAUUUUGCAAGACAACACACACCUCGGAAUUUUCUUCGUGUACAUGUAAAUUUUUGUACAUACAAAGUUUAUUAUAACUCUAGUUUAAUGCGCUAAAACGCGACACGAUUAUUGACGAUCGAUGUUUGCUCUAAACUCGUGGCCGCCGGUAAUUUAAGCGGCGUUUCACAGUGAACCGACUGUAAAAGCUAAUAGUAAAGGAAAAGUUCACUGCCAACAUUGUUUUCGUACGUAUAUGGCUACUAGAAAGGAUAUUUCAUUAUUAUUAUUAAUAUUAAUAUUAAUAAUUAUUAUAUUAUUAUAUUUACAUAUAUAGAUUUAUUAUUAUUUUUAUUUUUAUUUUUAUUUUUAUUUUUAUUAUUAUUAUUGUAUGUGUAGGAGGGUAUAUAAUUAUAUCCAUAAUAAGUGUGAGGAUUUAGAGAAUGAUUUUUGUAUCGAUUCAUGAAUGGUUUUCAAGAGUUGGCAUAAAUACCUACCUCUUUGAAUCUUCAUCGUUAGGCAAAAGAUGUGUGUAUGAGAGAAAAAAUUUAUUAUAUAACAUGUUCGUUGCUUCGUUUAUGUUUUUCUUCUAGAUAUGUGUAUCUAUGUGUAAGUACGUGCAUUUUUAGAUAACGAUCGGUUUAAUGAUGGCAGUGAAUUUUCGACGUAAGUCGCAUUUAUUUUCUUCAAGUCUGGAUUCGAUAACGUGCAAAGAUCGGUCACACCAGAAUGGAAGAUGAUAAAAGUAGAUAAAAACAUGUCAGUUUUGACAUAUAUUAUUUAAUGACAGUUAGAUAAAAAUCAUUGACGUGAUCGAUCUCCCUUUGAAUCUGUGACGAAUAUAAAUGAUAAAUUUUGACGUACUAUCGCACGUACUAUUUACGGCCAUGUACUUUUUUUUUUUUUUAAACACAUCGGUUCGUUUAGCUCGUUAUUCAUUGCAAAGUCUAUUUAGGGACUAUUUCUCGCUAAUCAGUAUUUUCAACAAAUAGAUAAAAUCAUUGUAAUAAUCCAUCGAUUAUUAGAAAGAAUGCUACGUAAAAGAUGAAUUUAUUUAUUGACUUAUACAAGAUUGGUGAGAUUAAAAGAAAAAACAAAAAACAGAAAAAAAAGAAAAUAACGUAAAGAUACAAAGAAUAUAAUUUUAAGAGGUUUGUAUAUCUUUUCAUUUAGACGAAUCGAUUUUGUUUAAUCAUUGAUGAAUGAAUGAAUGAAAUAAUUAAUUAAUUAUUUAUUUAUAUAUAUUGUAUAUAAAUAUCAUAGUAUGACUUUGAGUAUAGUUUAAAGCUCAUACUCGAGACAGUCGACUUUUGUUGGAUAUUUUCUUACAUUCGCGACCUUAUAUGUAUAUAUAUAUAUAUAUAUAUAUAUAUAUAUACAUACAUACAUACAAAAAGAGAGAGAAUACUUUUCAUAACUCUUACUCCGGAGAUACUCCUCUCUUUCUAAACGUGUUUAGGCCCUGUCUAAGCUUCGUGCCAACACUGCCGUAAUUAACGACAAACAGCUACGCGUUCCUCUUAUUCGCUGUAUCGACAAUCGUUAAAGAAAAACGAUUUCCUCUGUGUUUGAAACUGCCGUUAUCAUUAAAAAUUAACAAGAAAGAAUAAUAAAAAAAGAAAAGAAAAAGGAAAAAGGAAGUAUGAGUGAAUUCUGAGACUUUCAACGAGCCAACGUUUCACACACAUACACUAAACAAUAUAUAGAAUCUAUAUAAAAGUUCUGUAGGGCAAGAUGCUUUAUAUUAUGUGACAAAGAUUACAUACAUACAUACAUUCAUACAUAUAUAUAUAUAUUUUUAUUUAAACGUUUGUAAAUAUCAAAACGCUUGCUAGUCUUUAUCAACCAAAAUGUCGGAAAUGUCGAAAUGAAUCAAUCGAUUUUUUCUUUUUCAAUUAUGGUAUUCUUCUUUUUUUUUUUAGUCGUUACUAUACCACUGCUCGUUUUUUUUUCUUUGUAAUCUUACAUGCGAGAUAAAAAAAAGAGCACAGUUUUUUUUUUUUUUGUAAUUUUACAUGCGAGAUGGAGAAAGAAAGCGGAAUUCAUCCAUCUUUGAUAAUAAUUAAAAGCUAAGAAAGAGGAAAGAUGUAAUAAAAAGCGACGAUAAUACACUUACGUACACACACACGCAUGCACCUAUACGUAUAUAGAAGAACAUUUUAUAAGAAACAAAUGGGAAAUUAAUUAACGACGUCUGAAUUGGCUCGUUGUAGAAUUAGAAAGUCGGAUUAGCUCGUACAUAUUUCAUGACGAUUAAUAAUAUCCCUUAUGAACGAAAGUCAACGCUUUCACGCGAAGGAACGUAAAGCGCGAGCAUGUUCUCUCUUAUCUUUUAUCAUAUCGAUCAUGGCCACGAUAUAUGUAUGCAUGUAACUCGCGUGUGAUCACUAGUUUCUCAGAGUAGUCAGUAUUUUCAGUAUCUUCGAGGCAGACAGAUAUACAGAUAGACAGACAGACAGACAGACAGACAGAGAGAAAGAGAGAGGAAGUGCGAAGAUAACGCGAGAAAUAUUUCUUUUUUUCUAAUUAAUUAAUUAUAAAAGAAAUUGAAUAUUAUGAGUGUACAAGUGAGCAAGAGAAUCUUGAACCUAAUUUGAUUAUCAUUCUCAAUUAACGCGAUGAAUUAAGUUAAAAAAAAAAAAAAACGAAAAAGAAGAAGAAAAAAGAAAGAAAAAAAAAAAGAAGAAAGAAAGGAAGGAACGAAAAGAAAAAACCAGAAUAACGGAAGUUUCUUCUUGAUGUUAACUUUGUCGUCAUCAUUGUGUAGUUGCGUGAUUCAUAUGACACUUGUGACGCAUACUCUUUACUGCAACUAGACACGUGCUUAUACUUUGCAAACGUCAUCUCUCGAAAGUGUAAAAAGACGUGAGAAGAGACGACGGAUAGACGUUCGUUACGUUUUCAAGUGAGUGCGGGAGGAAAGGUGACUAGUGUUCGAGAUCAUCCUCUUCGUGAAUCGUGAAGGAAAAAAGAAAAGAUUGAAGCUUCUUUUGUUUUUUUCAUAUUCCAAUUCUUUUCUUUUUUCUUUUUUUUUUUUUUUACCUUUUCCUUUUAUUUUCUUUUUUUUUAUCCUGAUUAGAAUUCGUCAUUCGUCUGCAUAUGAACAACGCUUGUUAAUAUUACGAAGCUAUCUCUGCUUUCGAAACAGAGACAAAAAGAGAGAGAGAGAAAGAGAAAAGGAGAAAGAGAGAGAGAAGGAAACAUGUUCGUACAAGACGCCAUUGUAUUACGUAUGUAUUUUUCUUUUUCUUUUCCUUUUUCUUUUUCUUUUUCUUUUUUAUUGUCAUUUACAUUUUAUUUAAUUUAAUUUUUUUUCAUUUGUUUUAUUUUUCGUUAUUGCGAUAAAACGAAAGACCGAGCAACGUGGCAAAAAAAAGGAGAGGAUAGUUUAAAAGAAAGAAAAGGGAAGCGAACGUUUUUAAGUAACUGUGAUUUAUUGAAAUGUUUUAUAUUAUACAUAUAUAAAUAUAUAUAGAUUAUAUAUUGUAGAGAGAGAAAGAGAGAAAGAAGGAAAGAAUGAGGAAAACCAUUGAAUGCAAGAGAGAGAGAGAGAGAGAGAGAGAGAGAGAGAGAGAGAGAGAAAGAGAGAAAUAAUAUGAAUUAAUUUUUAUGCAUAAUAUUAGACAAUGUUUCUUGGUGUCGCUGUAAUUUAUACGGAAGCGUAGAAAUUUUCUAGAUUUACAUAUCGAUAGCAUUAGCAGAGAGCGUCUAUAUUAUUACUAUUAUUAUUAAUAUUGUAUUAUUAUCACUAUUUGAUCAUUAUUAUAAUUUGGACCUUUUGUUAUAUAGUUAACGAUAUUAUCGAGAUAAAAAAGCGUAUGAAAGCGCAAACCGUUCGUUCCAGAAUUGUUAAUAGCUUGUAACGAGGAGCUCGUUAUGUUUUUCUUUUUUUUUUGAAUUAAUAUUAUUAAUAUUAUUUUAUUAUUAUUAUAUUAUAUUAUAUUAUAUUAUAUUAUAUUAUAUUAUAUUAUUAUAUUAUAUUAUAUUAUAUUAUAUUAUAUUAUAUUAUAUUAUAUUAUAUUAUAUUAUAUUAUAUGAAAGAUAUUCGUAGACGCAUGUUGUGUCGUAGAAGGGAAAAACUAACGAGAGAACUUAUUCGUUUCUUUAUUUUUCUUUUUUCUUUUUUAAUCUUUUUUCUUUUUUUUUUCUUUUUUUUUUCUAAUACUACAAACACGCCAACCUCUUGCGAGGUGUUCCUAUAUACAAUAUACCUACCGUAUACAUAUGUACUGCACUUUAUGUCGAGCGCUUUUUGUAGAGAUUCGUCGUCGUUAGCGAUACAUAGAAAUUUGUUAUUUUUGACUAAGUUUAUUCAAUUAUAUUCAAACGUGUUUAACGUCCUGGUCGUUAUCUUCGUCAUAUAUGUUACAUUUUUGUUUUUCCUAUUUAGUGGAUAGACGAUUUACUUGUCGGUUUAAAAAGAAAAAAAUUGUUUCUUUUUUUCUUUUCUUUUGUAAUCAGGAUUCGCUCGACGAAAGUGUAAGACUGUCCUGAUAGUACGUGUUCAUUUUUUUAGACUCCACAACGAGUAUGUGGAGAAUGCGAUGCGUAGAUGUAUGUAUCUUUGAUAUAUACAAUAAUAUUAUGAUUCCGAGAUCAACGAUGGGUCUUAUAACCAUGAGAUAUGCGAAGUAAUAACAUUUGUUAGUAAAUAACAAGAAGAAGGGGAAGAAAGAAAAAAAAUUAAGAAACGAGAAAUAAGUAUGGAGAAAAAAUUUGUGAGAAGAAAGAAAGGAAAUAAAAAGAUCGAGAUAUUCGUACUACGUGCAUGUGGUGUAUGCUGCUAAAGUGAAAUUUUUUAAAAGCGAAUUAUCUCUUUCGUAUUACGUUAUUAAAUAGGAAAGGAAAGAAAUUAACAAACAAUAAUAUAUACAUAUAAUAAAUGAAAUUUUGUUAUACCGAAAAUCGAUGACGUCUAAAAGAAUCAACGUGAUGAUAAAUGGAAUUAGCGAUGAGAAGGGAGAAAGAGAGAGAGAGAGAGAGAGAAAGAGAGAAAGGAGAAAAUAUCUAAAAUUCAUUCGCUUAUUUCGUUUCUCGACGAUCGAGUCUCGCUCGUCGCACCAGUGUCUACGGUUACAAUAAUGUAAUAUCUAAGAAUUUUUCUGAGAUUGUACAUAUUAUCUUUUUUACUAUUAAACAUUUUGAAAAGCGAA